AUGGCUCCCAAAAACAAGGCUCAGAAGAUGUCUAUGAGCACCUUCUUGGCCGAUGAAAGCCUUGGCUCUUGGGCUGAUGAGAUGGAGGAUAUGCCUCUGCCUUCCACCCAGCCCUUGUCUUCCACUUUCCAGCGUCGCCCUAUGGGCGGCGAGACCAGCUACGGCGCUGGCCCUACCGGUGGUUUUGAGCGCGAGCGUGGUGGAUAUGCCGUCCGAGAGCCCCUCGAUCUUCCUACCCAGCCUCCCUACACCUGCCACGUCGGUAACCUUUCUUUCGAAGCCACCGAGGCCGAUAUCUCCGAGCUUUUCGCCGGAUGUGGUGUCACAAACGUCCGUGUUGUGGAGGACAAGUUAACAAAGGCCCCCAAGGGUUUCGGAUAUGUUGAGUUUGAGACCGUCGAUGGCCUCCAGAAGGCCCUGGAUCUGUCCGGCUCUUCCCUUCAGGGACGGUCGAUCCGCACCAGUGUCGCAGAGCCUCCCAAGGAGUCUCGCAUGGAAGGAAAGGAUCUGGACUGGUCUCGCCGUGGCCCUCUCCCCGAACUUCCCCAGAGCCGUGUGCCCGACCGUUCCACAUUCGGACGUGGUAUGGACCCCGCCAUCGAUGCGGGCGCUGAUCGUGGUCCCCGCCGCAGCAACUUCGAGUCCGACGGAAAGCCACGUGACUUCAACAACUGGGAGCGCAAGGGUCCCCUUUCGCCCUCCGCCGGUGGUCCUCCCCGCGAGGGUGGUCGCCCUAGCAGCAACGACGGACCUGGCUCCAGCUUCCGCCGCAACGAGGCCGCAUGGGGCGAGGGCCGAUCCCAGGAUGAGGGCUCCCGCCCUCCCCGCCCCGAGCACGUCCGCCCGGAGCCCACACCUACCGCCGCCGACAUGGACAACCAGUGGCGCGCCCGCAUGCGCCCCGAUGACGCCCCCAAGGAGCAGCCCACCUCCCCCGCUUCUCCUUCGGCCACUCCCGCUGCCCCCGCUGCUCCCGCUAGCCGCCCCAAGUUGAACCUUACCAAGCGCACCGUUUCUGAGAACCCCACCACACCCACCUCAGGUGGUGACUCCAAGGCCAGCCCCUUCGGCGCCGCUCGCCCUAUUGACACCGCCACUCGUGAGCGUCAAGUUGAGGAGCGCCGUCAACUUGCCAUCCGCCAAAAGCAGGAGGCCGCCGACAAGGCCAAGGCCGAGAAGGCCGAGAAGCACGCCGAAAAGCAGAAGCAGCUCAAGGACGCUGCCCCUCCAGUGGACCACAACGGAAAGGACGUCCUCGAGACCCCCAAGGGUGGUGGUAACUUCGAGAUCCUCCAGCGCGCUGGUGAGGAUGGUGAAGUGAUCGCCGAGAAGGAGACUGAGGAGACGGCGGCCGCGCCCGCUGAGGCACAGAAGGAGACCACCAACGGCACCUGGAGAACCCCGGCUCCCGAGGCCGGUGCCACUGGCGGUGACGACGAAGGCUGGAGCACGGUCAGCGUGGGCAAGCGCAACAACCGCCGUGGACAGACUGGUCGUGGAUUCGCAUAA